AUGAAACUUUCAGGUAUAUUAUUAUGUAUUAUUAUUCUCACGGCAUCAUGCAUUGAAGGUGGUCCAGCGGCUUAUGCUCUAUGUCAAGCUGGAUGUGCGGCAGUCGUUGUUGCAUGCUAUGCAGCAGCAGGUGCUGUAUUUGGUACUGUUACCGCUGGAGCUGCUACAGCACCAGCUAUACUGGCUUGCAACAUAGCCUUUGGAAAAUGUUCGGCAGUUUGUGCAGCUAUAGCAUUAACGCCAACACCUUAA